GUAAAUAGCAAAGUGUUCGCGUUCACUCAUAGAGUACCUUGUAAUACAGUUCAUUCAAGCAGUUGAGCGGGGCGCAAGCGCACGACUUUUAUGACGAGAAUUUUAAAAACGCGCCGUUCCGUUCAUUAGUAAAUAAACAAAACGAACUGUAAAUAUCAAUGAAGUGGUGUUAAGGACUUUUGGAACCUGAGCUCUUCAUCCUGUUUUUUGUAUAAUGUGUUUGAUAAUAGUGAUAAAAUAAUAACAACAAAAUGGGGUUAAAUUGUGUUCAAACUUUAUUUUGCCUGGUACUGGUUCGCUAUGUUUUAGCAGAAAGAAAGUGUUGCCCACCAGGACAAGUUCUACUCAUGAGAAAGGAUGUGUGCUGGGAACCGAAAACGAAUGUUACGGAACCGGUACCGUUAAAGUGUAAAAUGCGGCCUAUAAGAUUCAUAAAAAAUUAUUAUGUCAAUGAUAAAAAUGAACUAAAACUUCACCUAGGAGAAGAUUUCCCUGAUGAAACAGUCACCGAUAACUCGUACUGUAUAGGCAACCAUACAACAAUAAGAGAUGUUAAUAUGUCUAAUACUAAAGCAGUGGCGUUAGUAUGCGCUGAUCAAGAAGAGGAGAUCAUUGAUGACAAGAUCCUAGGCUAUACUAUGAUAGUCUCCGUUAUAUUCCUGGUGAUGACCAUACUUGUUUAUAGCUUCCUACCCGAACUAAGAGAUGUUCAGGGGAAAAGUAUAAUAAACUUUUGCACGAGUCUCGCCAUUGGCCUAGGAGUACUCGUCAUCAUGAAACUUAUGGUUUAUAAUGAUAUGGGCUGGUGUGCAGUUCGAGGAUUUCUCGCUUACUUCUUUUUAAUAGCUGCAUUCUUCUGGUCGAAUGCGAUAUCAAUACAGGUCCUGUUAAACACAAGACGACCUGCGACAGUGGACUACGGUUGGAGGGAGUUUAAGUAUUAUAUGCUCUAUGCAUGGGGCUGCCCAAUAAUCGUAACUGUAUGCAUGGCAAUCGUUAACUUUUACCCGGGUAAACAUCAGAAACCGGGAAUCGGACUGAAUCACUGCUGGUUCUUUAGUAAGCAUCAACAAUGGUACUACAUGUAUAGCAUCAUGUUUUUACUUUUGGUUACCAACUUUGCUAUAUUCAUCUACACGUCGUUACUAAUAUGGAGGAUACCUGUCUCAUCUAGUCUUAAAAGAGCAGUGAAAUACAAGCUUGGAAUGACCGUGCAACUUAUUAUACUGAUGGGUCUGCCUUGGGUUUUCGAAAUGAUUAGCUCGUUAACACCGAAACACAUUAUUUGGACUAUAUUGGAUAUCAUCAACACGCUUCAAGGAAUACUAAUAUUUUUGCUUUUGGUUGUGUUCCGGAAACGAGUAAUCAAAGUGAUGUACAGACAUGGCUGGCUCGACUGUAUAGCAAACUACAUUGAGAAGUACCUGGCGACGGAAGAUGACGAGGAAGACGUGGUCCAACACACAGAUAUCCCACUGAAUGACAGGACAGUCCUAUAAAACCAGUAUGACUGUUCUCUAGUCGUGGACGAACUUCGCUUAAAAGUCAAAAAUUUUGUAGUUUCAUCAGAAUGGGGUUUGGAGUAGACAAGUGUGCGGUUAUGCAUGUAAAACGAGGUGGGAUAGUGGAAUUUGAGAGUCUAGAACAAUCAUAUUUCACAAAACUGAUAUCACUCUCCGCAAAUGAUACGUAUAAGUACCUGGGUAUGUCAGAAAAAAUAGGUAUUAAUGCGCCGCAUAAGAAGCAAUCGUUACAGGAGCGCUUCUUUGGCCACCUAAAUAAGGUAUUGAAAAGUUCUUUAUCAGGCAAUCUCAGAAAACAUUUCCAGAAAGUGGACGAGGUUGUGCAUCAAAAAGUAAUCGCAGUGGACAAGGGAUUCACACCAUUAUCCUUGGCUAAAGAGAGCUGGUGCAAACCCGUAAUACUGAGCUUCAUGGACUCUUCUCCCGGGUUCUCCAAGGGCCCAAUAUCGAUUUUCUAGCGUCCGUAUCUUGGCUUGUAUUUAUA